AUGGUUGCCAGAUGUGAUUGGAUGUGUCGACGCCAUGAACCAAUGCGCUAUCUCUCUUUCUCCUUGCCAUUCGAGAAUUUGAUUUUUUCAAGAUGGCAACAAGUUGCGCAUUUAGUCUGCGAAUGCAAGAGCGAGACCACGUUGGGGCUAAAUUUUGACGAGUAUCAGGCUGGUGGUAUUGGUUAUACCGACUUGAAUACGAAUCCACCGGAAGAAAACGUGAGUUUCCUGGGUUAG